GCCAGAGAGCCGGAGGGGACCCCAAAAACCGGAGACUCCAGCCAAAAAACAGAGACCUGGUAACUCUAUCUCCUACUAAGAGGAAGCAGCUGGCAAGAAACAACGCUUGCAGAGCUUGCAAAGUGGCGGCGUCCCAAGCAGGAUGGCACGAGAGAUUCCCUACGAAAACACAAUGAGGUUGGAAGCGAAUGUUUCCUCUGCAUCUCACAAAAGAACCGUCUUCAUCAUCGCGACGACCCUCCUGGCGUUCCUGGCUCUCCUGUUGGCCACCUUGCUCAUUGCAGGGGCCAUCCUGUAUUUCCAGAAAGAGAAGGAACUCCGGGAACUCGAAGGGGUGGUGGAGAGGAUCGGGACCUCCCUGAAGCUCAGCAACAUCUCCCGUCUUGCAUCAGGGGAGGCAUCUGAAGGUGCUCAGCUGCUGGAAAACAUCCAUGAGGCUUUCUCCGAGAUCCAGGCUCAGCUAGAGAACAUCAGUGUCUCAAGAGCAGCUGCCCAGCAUCGUUACAGGGAUCUCCUGGGAUUGGUCUCCACCGGCUGGAAGUUUUACAGUGGGCACUUCUACUUCUUUUCCCAAGAGGCAAAGCAAUGGGGGGGAGCUGAGGAGACGUGCAGAGCUCAGAGGGCGCACCUGGCCUCCAUCACGUCACGGAAAGAGAUGGAAUAUCUUUCCAAGGAAGCCAGAGGGAAGCCCUUUUGGAUUGGACUCUCUGACCAUCAGGCAGAAGGCACGUGGGCAUGGACAGAUGGCACAAAAUACAACAAAAACAUUAGUUUCUGGGGACCGGGACAACCCGACAACUGGCAUGGAGCACCACAGCACCAGGAAGAUUGUGUUCAGGUCACAGAUUUCUGGAAUGAUGUCAGCUGCACCUACAGUUAUAGAGCAUUCUGUAAGAAGACCUUCUCCUGAUCAGACACAGACAACCCCCUCCACUGCCUUUUGGCAGCAGGCUAAGGGGCUAUAUAACCCAGCACUCUGCCUCCAACAGAGGACAGCCAAAUGCUCCCGGACGCUCACGAGCAAUUGCUAGUCCAGAAGAGGCUUUGUCCCUUUGCUGAGUUUUCUUCAGACGCCUUCGGUGACAGAAGCGCUGUUUGAAAAUCCGCAACGUGAACAUCUGCUCGCUUCUCCCAUUCCCCAAUCUACAUGUCGCUUGAAGGAUUUUAAAGGCACUGAUGAGGCAAGGCUGUCCGUGGUGGGCAAGGCCAGAAGGCAGAGCAUUAAAUGCGACCGUUUCCUUUGUA